AUGGCUUCUACUUUUCUUGUAACUUCAUGCACUACCAUUUCCUACCCCUCCAAAUUUUCUUAUAAACCAUCCCCAAUUUUCAUCCGUGCAAAACCUAUCGAUAACUAUUAUAAGGUGAAUUGCAAAAUAAAUAAUAGCAUUAUCAAUCAUGACGAUGAAGGAAAAUAUUUUCCGGGGAAAUUACUUGACAGGAGAAGUGUUCUCCUUGGUCUAGGAGGGCUCACAAAUUUUAUUGGUGUAGCCAACAAGCCAUUUGCCUUAGGGCAACCAGUACCACCCCCUGACCUUUCAACAUGUAGCACAGCUAGUCUUCCUGAUGGUUCAAAUGUACCCUUCACUUGUUGUCCACCACUCCCUAAAGACCUUAGUAAUAUCCCUACUUACAAACUUCCUAAUGUGUCUAAAGUCAAAAUAAGACCAGCUGCACAUAAUGUGACUCAAGACUACAUAGACAAAUACUCCACUGCUAUUCAAAGAAUGAAAUCAUUGGACGAAGAUGAUCCAUUGAACUUCAUGCAACAAGCAAAUAUCCAUUGUGCUUAUUGCAACACUUGUUACGAGGAAUUAGGGUUUCCAGGUGUACCAUUGCAAGUUCACUGCUCAUGGCUAUUUUUCCCUUUCCAUAGAUGGUACUUGUACUUCUUUGAAAGAAUUCUUGGUUCAUUAAUUGAUGAUGACACAUUUGCUUUGCCAUUUUGGAACUAUGAUAGUCAAGUUGGCAUGCAAAUGCCAUCUUUGUACAAUGUUGUUAAUUCACCAUUGUACGAUCCAAAUCGCAACCAAAACCAUUUGCCUCCUAAUGUCAUCGACUUAGGGUUCACUACCAUAGACGUUGAUGCUUCCGAUGAACAAAAAAUCAACAAUAAUCUCACCAUGAUGUAUCGUCAAAUGCUCACGAAUGCCCCUUGUCCUCAGCUAUUUUUCGGAAACCCUAUACGAGGUGGAGAACAACCUAUUUGCGGUAUGGGUACUAUUGAGUAUAUCCCACACAAUUCUGUGCAUCGAUGGGUGGGUAAUCCAAAUAAUAAGUUUAGAGAGAACAUGGGAACUUUCUAUUCAGCUGCUCGAGAUCCCAUCUUCUAUGCCCAUCAUGCUAAUAUUGACAGGAUGUGGACGAUUUGGAAGACUUUAGGAAGCAAACGCCGUGACUUUACGGACAGGGAUUGGCUAGAUAGUGCCUUCUUGUUCUAUGACGAAAACCGCACCCUUGUCAAAGUGACGGUCCAAGAUUGCAUAAACAACGAGAAAUUAGGAUACAAAUACGAAGACGUGCCUAUUCCAUGGAGAAACUUCAGGCCAGUUCGACGUAAGCAAAAGGUCAAGAAGAAUGCCAAGAAUGUGAAACCAGCCACAAAAAUCUUCCCCUCUAAAUUGAACAAAACAUUGCCAUUUUCCAUCCAAAGGCCCAAAAUCUCAAGGACUAAGGAAGAUAAGAACAUCGAAGAAGAGCUUCUUGUCUUUAACAACAUGAAAUUCGACGAAAAUGAAUGCAUAAGGUUCGAUGUUUUCAUCAACGAGGACGAAGGCGUGAAGGCAAAAGUUCUCGACAGGGCUGAAUAUGUUGGUAGCUUUGCAAACUUGCCGCAUAUGCAUGAUGGCGCGGGUGGUGGUGGGCAGAACACAACAACCACAAGUACUAGUACUCCAGCUACUAUGAGUUUGGCAAUUACUGAGAUUUUAGAGGAUUUGGGACUUGAAGAUGAGGAAGAGAUUGUGGUUGUUCUUGUACCACAUUCUGGAGGCAAAGAGAUUACUAUUGGAAGUGUGGAAAUUAGCACCCUUGCUUGUGCAAAUUGAAGUUCGCUCAGCAUUAUUAUGUAUGCUCCUAUUUGCAUUGUACAUACUAUGUAUUAUUCUCUUUUCUGCUUUAGUUGUUUGUCUAAUUGUGUUCCU